AUAAAAAUAAAAAUAAAAAGGCAUACUUUCACUUUGUUCCCGUUCCAGGCUCAGCUCAGAACCAAAUAGACAAAGAUUCUAGGCCCGGUUGACAGUUGAGCCCUUACAUUGCUGGGCCUGACCGCCAACGACCGACGGUGGCGCUGCCACUUCUAUGUUCUCAAAACAUUUUCACCCAGCUCACCACUAAACAGACUUUUACUUUACUGGUUGGCUACUCUCUCCAUUCCACUGAACCUCCAUAUCUAUCACUGAUGAAGAUAACUCAACGGCGUUGAAAGCUCCCCGCCAUCUCUCUCCGAGUCGGUAACCGUCGGAGAAGAAGAAGAGCGAAAGGAAACCAGUCCAUAGAACGGCGUGGCAGAUUCUGGAAAAUUGCGGAGUAUACAGGCGGGCAGAUUGAGCUACCAGGAGGAGUAAUGACCACAGUCUCGCUAUCUAAACCACCGCCGUGCCUCUACGGCCACUCGAACCCUAUCCGCUCGUUUUCGACGCCGGUGAUUCUAUCACUCUCGUUUCACCGAACGGAAGCGCCGAUUCCCAUGGUUUGUUGCGCGCUGAAGACGGAAUCGGAAGGGUCGAAUUUGUUGAGGAAGCCGGUUUCGCCUACGGCGAGGGAAUUGGGCGGAAUUUCGGAGCAAGAGGAUGACGACGCAGAUGAGGCCAAGUACAGGAAGGAAAGCGAUGAAGACAUCGUGGGGGAGGAAGAGGAGGAGGACGACGAAUGGGUGGAUUGGGAGGAUCAGAUUUUGGAGGACACGGUUCCGCUUGUUGGAUUCGUGCGAAUGAUCUUGCAUUCUGGCAAAUAUGAAAUUGGGGAAAGACUAAGUCCGGAUCAUGAGAGGACUAUUGUGGAUAGGUUGCUUCCAUAUCAUCCUGAAUGUGAGAAGAAGAUUGGAUGCGGGAUCGAUUAUAUCACGGUUGGGUAUCAUCCAGAUUUCACAAGUUCGCGGUGUCUGUUCAUAAUCCGAAAAGAUGGACAGUCUGUUGACUUCUCGUACUGGAAAUGCAUAAAGGGGCUGAUCAGGAAAAACUAUCCACUCUAUGCUGACACUUUCAUUUUGAGGCACUUCCGGCGACAGAGGCGGAAUUGAUUUGAUUUCAUCCCUGGAGCUAGUUUGACCAGAGACCACCCUGUAUAAUGAUCAAAUUCUGGGGGAAAGAUGUUGGAGUUGUUCAUUCUUCUCUGUCUCGUCAUAUAUAUGAUGAUGUUGUUGUAUCAGCAAAGUGGUUAGGAACUCGAAAAGUGUUUAUUAUUGGAAAAUGUUCAUCAAGCUGUGGCUCGUAAGACGGCAAGAGGUGUUCCACUUCCAAUUCCAAGUGUCUCUUUUCUCUUUGACGCGGAUCAAGUCCAUUUCGGGUUUGGAAUCCCAUCUUCUUGUAUAGGUCCAGGUUGUUCCCAAAGCUUUAGAUGACAAAUUUACUAUUGUUUAAGGCUUUGAGCCCAUUUUGCCAGGGAAAAAGGCCCAUGAACGUAGGGUCAAACUGCUGAUUGAUUUGUGAGUUGUUUCAUAUUUGGGCAUGUGC